AAUAGUCCUAAUGACCGGGGUAAAUAAAAAACCGCAGUUCUCGUGGAAUGUUAGCUUAGCUUCCAAAUGGACUUUAAAUAUUCAAUCUUUUCUUCGCUGAUGUAAAGUUUACUUUUCUUUAGCAAACCGUUUGGCAGUAUUUUAAAAUACUUUUUUUGCCGACGGGAGAAAUUAAAGGGGAUUCUGAAAAUCAAUUCAUUACUUUUGACUUAAGUAUUGCGGAUGAAUAGAAUUUUCACAAGUAUCUCAAGGGUUUUUGGCGGUCGUUGAAGACUUUUACGACAGCCAAAUUAUAGAAGUUAUUCUACUUGGCGUAACUAAGGUUACUGUUAGGUUGCUGGAAAAAUGUAAACUAUAUAGAGGGACGGAAAACAGUGUCAAUUCAGAUAGUUCAAGCGAGUCUUAAGUUUUCGGUUUCCAGUUUCUGGGACUUACUCAUUCUACGAUCCUUUAUUCCUUUUGACACCAUGUGGAAAUGAAUCACUGAAUUCUAAUCAUAAACAAAAACUUGAACCAAGAAGGCUUGUUAUUGUUUUUGAACAAUAGCAACGCGAGAAUGAAAAAAUGGUACCUUUCGGCAUUCUUCACAUAAAAGACAUGUACAUGUAAAUAAAUUGCACUUAACCAUUAUGCAAAGCUGUCUCGGUGAGUUGACAAAACGCCACACUUGUUUAGCAUAAAAGCAGUUGAUCUCGGCUAAUAAGCGAUUUUGUUCAGACAGGCGUGCAAACAGCUGUCAGUUUUUCGUUCUGAGGAAUUUCUUAUUCGGCCAAUGUGCGUCAUAAAAUAUCUGCCCGCUUUCCGAGCUGGAAUUCGCAUCCAUGUCUUGUUAAUUGUCGACAUCAGAUGAUGGCCGACGCGUGGUUCGCUAUUUAUUUGUUUCUUCUUUUGUUCAGUUAUUCUUGUCAGGAUGCAACAGACUGCCCAGCGUCUUUCGUGGAUAUUGACGUCAAGAGCAGAGGUUGUGAUGAUCCAGGAAAACCUCCCGGGCGUUGUGGUGCUACUUUCAUUAAGGUGUAUGGAAAGAAUUACGCGCCUCGUAGAAAGGGCCACAAUGUUGUCAUUGUGGAUGCUAAAACAGGUGCAGUGACCGGAUCACAACGUUUUGAUACUCACCAGGUAUCUGGUGAUCGCCAGGCUGGUUACAAGUUAAGAGACUAUCUUGAAGCCAUCAGUGGAGAUAAAAUCGUUCUCGUCGCCAUUCAAGACGAUGGGUCAAGGCAGGUGUCUCCAGCAUUAGACGCUCUCAAGAGACUGGGUGCUACGGAUCCCAUCUUAGUAACGUAUCGAGGCUCGUUUGCCCUUGCUGGCUUUGCACAACCGGUGAAGCCAUAUUGGAUUACACAGGAGCAGCACAGGAGAUACAAAGGGCCUAGCAGGAUCAAAAUGAAAAUUCCUCUCAAGCAAAGCCGUCUUCCACGAACUGCAGAGCUUGCUGCCAGUUGGCUUCUUGACGGCUAUGACAAAGACGUGAUCUUGCGUAAUGGAGCUACCUACAAGUCUCAGGAUGGUACGACCGCUUUGUAUUUGAGUGGAAAUGGAACGUAUGCCGACGUACCAGCCGUUAAACUUUAUGAGUUCUCCGCAUUUACGAUAAUGUGCUGGGUGAAAGUCCUGGAACCCGCCAAGAAUCCUGGCUACAUCUUCGCUGAUUGGUCACCGCCUUAUCAGUUCUCCAUUUGGGUUCACGGCGACCGGAAAGAUUUGUAUUUCCAACUUAGAAACAAGAUUGGACAGAAUCUUCUGAGUAUGUAUACCGGCCGAGUAACUUAUGGUAUUUGGCUGCAUGUGACUGUCACGUGGGACCAAAAUCGUCGACGUGCUACAAUUUUCUUCGAUGGAAAGAAAAAUGCCUCAAAAGUUGCUGAUUCUGCGCUGUCAAGCUAUGAAAUCAUGAACAACUCUCACAGUUUGUAUCAGAUUGGAAGCAAAAAAGAUGGCGGAGAAACUUUCCACGGACUAAUAAGGAACCUCAAGGUUUUCAAGAAAGUGUUGAGCGACGGCGAAAUAUUGACUGAAGCGCGUGGGGUUAAUGAAUAUUACGCCACUUGUCUGACGAGCCCUAUCGGAGUUUCAGACCCAAAAAUAAUUUCUGACAGUCAGAUGACAGCCAGCUCCACAUAUAAAGAAGAAAUAGGCGGAUACCAGCCAGAGUUCGGCCGGCUGGAAGGUAACAGAGGAGACGGCUGGUGCUCGCGGACAAAAGACAGUAAUGAUGACUGGCUUCAAAUUUACUUUGGAGAUAUGUUUACAGUGUGUGGAAUUGAUACACAGGGAGACAUUAAUGGCAAUGAAUGGGUCACAGCCUUUAAGCUGUCUUUCUCAACAGAUGGAAGCAGCUGGAUCACUUACACCUAUGACAAUGGGACGGACGUGGAAUUCCGUAGAAAAGGUGACUCCUCUACAGUUGACAAACACAAGCUACCAGAACCAAUUCAAGCACGAUAUAUUCGCUUUCACCCAACGGACCGCCAUAUGUGGAAUUGCCUUAGAGUGGAGGUGUACGGCAAGAAACCAUAUCAUUUUAACGCGUGGCUCAUAAUUCUCAACCGGUAUUUAACCUUGGAUCUCGUAAAUGCAACAACUGAACAAUACAAGACAUUGAAAGCUGAUGUGAUGACACAGUUUAACAGCAUUGUUGACGGCUUUCAUGGAUUUUUCUUGGCUGAGUUUCAGCGAUUCGGCGCACAAAGUAUUGAUAUAUCUUCGGACAAAGCCUUACCAAUGGCAGAGAUAAAGCUGUUCUGCAUCAGUGCGUCGGUGAAAGGUCAACUGAUGGCAAGAAUAAAGACAGGAAUAAAGUCAAUGUCAAUCUUCCACAGCAAUUAUUUGGAGGAGCUGGAUACAGAUGACUGCAGAUGUCCUCCUGCAGCUGUGAACCUCAACUUGAGCAAGACUCUGGACCAGGCCAGGGUGUACUAUACAACGGAUAAGAUGGUCUUUAAAGCAAAAGUACAACAUUCACGAUGCAGUUCGUCAGUGAAGACCUUUUCAUAUUGGCAUAUCACCAAAGCAAACUUAAAGGGUAGAAAUUUCUACUCCUUUCUUCCUGGUGGAAUUAAAAAUGAUAAACCUGUUUGGUCGAUGCGGAGAAGAACAAGUCUCGACAGCUACUAUUACGUCAGUUACGUUUUAAGAACCUCGCCACAGUUGAAAAUUAUUGGAUAUGACUUUGGUUUCAUCUUACUUCUUCAGAGUUCCCCUGUCGCUAAUAUUUCAGGCCCGUCUUUUGCAACUAUAGGACAAGGGAAUAUUACGUUGAAUGGCUCUCGAUCCUAUGACCCACAUCCCAAACAAGGACGUCCUCUAACCUUCACCUGGUUUUGCAGACGAAGUUACGAAACAUUCCUGGAAAACGAUUCGCUUCCGGUUGAUGCUCCAAAUGGUAACGCAAACCUGUCAGGUGGUUGCUAUGGUUUCGGUCCAGGAAGACUCAGUGGUCGUGAAAAUGUAAUAAAUGUGGAUGUAGACAAAAUGGAGGGAGGAAAAACGUAUGUGUUUGAGCUUGUUGUUUCAAACGGUGUCGAAAGCUCCAGGGCCACCCAUCGGUUAGUGGUGGCAUCAUUCUUUAUCAGUUGCAUUUACAAUUGUGGCCCUGAAGUCAUUCCCAAGAAGCAAAUGAUCAUAGAAUCCAACUGUACUGGAGAUAUUUGCGGAACGAUCGCUCGCCACGAAUGGUCUCUGUUUAAGAGAGAGAACUCCAGGCUGUCUAGCUCUUGGGUGCAAAUCUCGGACUUAGCUGAGCGAAUACUCACCGACCUAGACAACCCAAAUAUAGUCCUUACCGGCAAGCUGGGUGAUAAUAAGUAUUCCCUUGAGAUGAAUACCACAUACAAGAUAAAGGCAUCCAUAAUAAUAGAAGGAGGAAUUGUUUUAGAAGACGACUUACCCUUUCGAACUGUAAAACCUCUCUCUGUUCCCAAGAAAAGAUGCAGUGUGAAACCAAAGGAAGGGUUUGUUUUGAAAACCAAUUUUUCGGUGGACUGUUCUGGAUGGCACAAUGAGAACAAAUACUUGACAUAUAGUUUCAGUUACACUACUUCAACUGGUAUGGUAAGCGCCAGUGGUAGGCACAGUCCAUACAUAUCAGCAACUCUUCCUCAAGGAAAUAAGUCAGAAGAUUAUAAUAUAACUAUAAGAGUGAACAUUUUUGACCAAAAAGGAGCAAGCCAGGUGGACAUUUUAACUGUAAAGGUGAAGCCAUUGCCACAGAAUGAUCCCUCACUACAUCCUGCAACUUUAAGUAGUGACAUUACAAACUAUUUGAAUGAAGGAAAAGUUAGUGAGGCGGCUUCUCAUGCAAUUGCCGUGUUGAGUGCAGAUGUUGACGACAAGGCCAAGGACUCCACAUUACAGGCCAUCGCUCGGGCGCAGAUUACACAUGAAAGCCAGGUUACGCAAUUCGCUGCAAUUGUUAUCAUGGCAGCAGAAGGCAGGGCCAGGAUGCCCGUGAACACUCUGGAGGACGCCACAAGUUUACUUACAGAAACAACUAACUUCCUUCGGAAUCAUUACAACAGAGAUUUGAUCCAAAACGUAGGCGGCGAUAUUUUACGUGGAAUAUCGUACACGUUGAAUGCCUCGGCGGGAUUAGCUGACGAACAGUACCUCCAAAGUAUUCAACUUGAAGGAAGAACAGAUUUGGGCCGACUACGAAGAGGAAUUCGAUGGCCUAGAGAAACGGGAGACGUCCACAGCGAUUUUAACAAUGUAAAGAAAGUAACAGAGAACAUCUUAUCGGUGGCCGACACACUUGGUACCACACUACUUUCCACGAAGAUGACUGGCCAGAAAAAGACAUCAUUGAAAACUGACGCCAUAACAAUGACACUUCAGCGUCAAGCGCCUUCUGAUAUAGGGAGUGAGACGUUUACUGGCAAUGAAAAUGAAGGAUCUGCCACAUUUCCUUCUGCAGAGGUGUUAUUUGGAAGAAAUGGAACGACCUUGCCAUCUGUUGAUACCCAAAUGCUGACCUUACAAGUAAACCCCUACGUGUGGACCAAAAGAUCCAAAACAAUCAAGUCAUCCGUUGUUAAAUUAGAACUGAAGAAGGCGGAUGGAUCGCAGCUAAACAUCUCUGACCUAAAUCAUCCCAUUGAACUCUUUAUACCAGAAAAAAAGCUAAAGGAAGAUACUGCAAAUUACACCCAAGGUCAUUUAUUUGUAAAACGGCCUUCCAACGAUUCCAACCCCUUACGCUACCACAAGAUAGAAAUUAAAAAUGAAUUUGAAGCCGCGCUUGUAAAAAUUAGACCACAAAACAAUUCUUUUUUUGAUGUAUUUGUGAGCAGUGGAGUUAGACCAACACCAAGCAACUAUACCUUUAGAACAAGGAUUCCGGACUUUUCAUCCUGUCGAACUUAUGACGAUAGAACUGGUGACCUCAACUGUACCGACAAUCCUUACUUAUUUUCAUUGUCAAGCAAUGUCACCGGAGACGUUGGAGUUCAUUUCAUCGGCAUUCGGAUAGCUUCAGACGAAGGUGAAGGAAGCACUCGAAAUAAGCGCAGUGGUAUGAUGAAAUACUGCAAGGAUAGACAUGGUCGACAAAAACGUUCCUGCAUUGGUGUCAAAGAUCCUCCUACCACCCCUCCCCCAACACCAGAGAUUAUAAUGCCGCAGUACGACAAACGGACAGACGUGAACUACACUAUGUUGGUGACUAUGAGGAGCUGUCUCUACUGGUCUGAACUGAGACAAGCCUGGACAAGUGAAGGAUGUAAGGUUGGAUGGAAACAUACUGAUGGGAAGCUUCACUGUCUGUGCACUCAUCUUUCAGCUUUCGGUGGAAACAUUUUCGUCGCACCAAAUCCCAUCGACUUCGACAAAGUUUGGACGGAAUUCAAAAGGCUGGGAGAAACCGGGAAUUUUGUAGUUCUUUCAACUGUGUGCUUUCUAUUCGGAUUGUACUUUAUAGGACUUGUAGUCUCUCGUCGGGCAGACAAAAAGGACCUGCGAAAGGUUGCGGCCAACGUUUAUUUAACUUCGACUCAAACGGAGGGCUUCACGUACCAUUUGAGCAUUCAGACAGGAGCAUGGAAAGGUUUUGGGACAUCCGCUUGUGUCGGAAUGAUUAUAUACGGCGAGAAUGGACACAGUGGCGCUAUCACGUUGACAGAUCCUUUAGCUCGGAGAAAGUUAUUUACCCGAGCAAGCGUCAACAAUUUCACGUUGACUUUACCGUCUUCAUUGGGUAAGCUGAAGAACAUACGCAUCUGGCAUGACAACACAGGUUCAAACCCAGCUUGGUUUCUUCAGCAAGUUGUUAUAACGGAUCAGCAAACAGAGGACAUGUGGUACUUUUUUGCAAAUCAGUGGCUUUCCCUAGACAAAAGAGGCGGCUCUAUUGACCUAAAAAUAAAAGCCGCACAAGAAGGCGAACUUGUUGCUUUUAAGCCUUUGUUCUAUGCCAGAACAAGCCGAAGUUUGGGGGAGGGCCAUAUCUGGAUUUCUGUGUUCACCAAACCGCCUCACAAUCCAUUCACUCGUUGCCAACGCCUGACUUGUUGUCUUUGCUUUCUGUUCACGGCACUGGUGACCAAUGCCAUGUUUUAUCAAUUCGAUGAAACGCCGACUGAUACGUUCAAGUUUGGACCUCUUGUUAUGAGCUGGACGCAAAUUAAAAUCGGAAUUCAAAGCAGUGUAAUAGCUAUUCCAGCAAAUUUGCUGGUCGUGUUAAUCUUCAGGAACACAAAGCAAGCAACUACCGAAGAAAUCUACGAUCCCAGACAAAAUGCCGAAAAGCCAAAGACCCCAGGAUAUCUGCCACAUGUCUUUGUGUACGUGGCUUGGUGUCUUAGCUUGAUUCUGUCUUUAACGGGUGCUGCAUUUACAGUGUUUUAUAGCUUGAUGUGGGGAGCAGAUAUCUCCAAUAAGUGGUUGACAUCCAUUUUAGUGUCCCUUGUCCAGGAUAUUCUCAUUACACAGCCGAUCAAAGUACUCGCCUUGGCAACAUUGUUAUCACUGUUAAUAAGGAAACCACCUGAAGAGGAUCCUAUCAUCGGAGUCUCGUUGUUUAAAAGUGAAAAAGGGGAAAGAGUUUCAGCUAAACGAAAGCAGAGGAAAGAGCUUGUUCAAGAGAAAGACACCAGUAGCAAAAAGUGGGACAUGAUCCAGACAGUCCAGGAAGUGGUAUCGUUUCUAAUAUUUGGUUCUCUGUUACUGAUUGUAAGUUAUGGAGACUUGGAUAAUGCAAGAUUCCAAUUUACCAAAUCUACAGGAGAUCUAUUUGGUGGCUUUGAAGAGGUUGUAGAUACACCUUCCCUCUGGAACUGGAUGGAUGAGGUGUUAGUUCCUGGACUCUACGAUGUGACAUGGUACAGUGGUCAGCCAUUCGAAUACAAAGAAGGAUUCAUCGGCAACAAGAAGAACUUUCUGAUGGGAAUGCCACGCCUUAGGCAGAUACGAUUAAAGACAAGAAAAAGCUGCCCUACUACACUUUACGGUGAACUUGUUGACGACCUGUUCCCGACUGGAUGUCUUGCAGCGUACUCUAGUGACAGCGAGGAAAAAAUUCAAUUAAACCUUCCAAAAUGGAUUCCCUUGAGGAAUUAUAGUCAAAAUGAUCCUAUUUCUGACUUAUGUCCAAAACCGUGGAGGUACCAAUCAGGGACAGAGUUAAAUACCCUUAGCCAUGAAGCUGUUAAGAACAGUUACGAUGGCGGUGGAUAUGUUGCAGACCUUGGCUAUAACAAGGAGUCGGCGUCAAAAGUGAUAAGCGAUUUGCGGGAUUACAAUUGGGUGGAUACUCUUACGGCUGCUUUAUUCAUAGAGUUUACAUUGUUUGACCCGUCCACCUCCCUUUUCUGUAGUGUGAGACAAAUCUUCGAACGAUUACCAACCGGCAGGGCCGUCACUGCUGUAGAUGUAAGGACGCUUACGCUUUACCCAUCGACAGAUACACAUUUGCAAUCCUUUUACGAGAUGUGCGAACUAUUAUUUCUUCUUGCAAUCGUGAUAUGCUUCAUUGUUGAGGCAGUCAAGUUCUUUCGCCAAAAAAAGUAUUUCCAUCAGAUGUGGAACGUGGUGGAACUGAUCCUCCUCGUGGUUUCUCUUUUGGCAGUUGUCAUGUCAUUCCUAAAAGGCAAAUACACCAGCUUGUAUGUGAAGAGCGUAAAGUCCAAUCCUUACGGUACCUUCAGUUCAGACAACAUCGUGCGCUGGUUAGACCGGGAAACCCUGUGGUUUUCACUGGCAAUUUUUAUCAUCACGUUAAAACUUUUGAGACUUAUCAGAUUCAAUCAUCACAUUUGUCAAAUGCAAGGAACAUUAAAAAGAUCAGCCUGGCCAGUAAUGUCGUUUUCGCUGGUUUUUAUCAUUGCUGUUAUUGCUUUUACUCACUUUGGCUUCCUUUGCUUUGGAACCAAUUUAGAACUGUUUUCGUCAUUUUUUAAUUCUUUACGAGUAGUACUUACAUUGUCUGUUGGAAAACAAAUUGAUUAUCUCAACGUAUACUUGAAUAACCCGCUUGUGGGAUCGCUGUACUUGUUUCUAUUUUUGGUCAUCAUGAUAUUCAUCCUGAUCAACCUCUUCAUUGCUAUCUUGGUAGAUGCUUAUGGUGAGGUCAGAGAGGAGCAGGGAGACAGUUUUCGUGACGCAGAACUUGGAAAGUUUAUGUACAACGUCGUCAGAAAAGCAACAAGAGAGUUGCCGAGCAAAAUAAUGACUGCAUUGAAAUUGGUUUUGAAAAAGGUUUCACCCAAAGCGUCAAGAGACAGCAUACGCCGUGAUGAAAAGUACAGCGGUGAGGCAGACAGCUUUAUCGAGCAACGCGUAAACGAAAGUGAAGAUGCAAUUGGUAAGGAGUUGCUCAAACCUGCAGACGAUAUUAACAUUUCUCCGGCAUCCCCAACCUUUCGCUUUCAGAAUUUCCACGAAUAUGCCAAGGAUGGCAGUGAGAAUAUUGCUUCCGAUAUCAAGGACAUUAUACUGGAAGACGACUUACUUGCUGAUAUCAAGACUCGGUUCAUUGAUAUAGCGGACGAAUUGGCAAAGAUAGCAUACUUUGUAACAACAGAACCCGACAGAGAAACAGCAUUAUAAGUAUACAGGGUUUAGUGUUCUAUACUCUUAGCAUAAAACUACAUGUAACAUUUUGUAUUUUUGCUAACUUGCUGUGUCACUGGUAGGUUGACUUUGCCUGACUUCUGAUUGACUGGCUAUAAUUAUCAAAGCACUUAAGCAGCAACAGUUAUUGGCGAAAAAUGAAGAGCUAGAAAAGCAACUUAGCGAAGCUGUCAAAGCAAAAAAAACUUUCAUUGGAGUAAUUAUAUGAAGUCUAUAAAUAUUAUACGACCGGAAUAAGGAGUAAUUUAGUUAAGGAAAGAAGGAGAAGAAGAACUUCAAUAGGCUUCAAAAUAAUUUAGACAACUUCUCCAAAGUAAAUGUCGUUGCAUGUAGUGGUCGCUUGGUCCGAAAUUGCGAACGUUGGUCCUUGGCUGUAGAAGGUAGCAGCGACUUUCACAAUUCAAAAGGAUUUGUGCAAGUUUUAUCAUAUGGGCUGAAAAUUAAAGGAUAUCAUACUUUCGCAAUGGGGAUCCAACACAAAUCAAAAAUAUUCUCAUUUUGAUUUAACAAUGCAGGCAACCUUCUGAAUUAGUACAUUUAAUGCCGCCUAUCGUUUAUUUUCUGUGUUAAUAUCGCAAAACAGCUGAACAAAAAACAAUAGGCUCUUUUCUUAAUUUUACACCAUUCAAGAAUGGACACUUUUGCAAUUAUUUUCUUCAGUUAAAAUCAUGUUUUAUAUUGAGAUGGCAAACGACAGUUUCCAACAGUUUUAUAGCACUUCUACUGUGAAAGAUCAAUGUUAACAUUCGUUUUAAGUUGUCGCUACAAAUUGGUACCAAACAAAUGGCCAAUCAUUGGUCAACAAGUUGUGAUCAUUUUCUUGACACAACAAAUUACUAUUGCAAUGGUAUUUGACAAAUAAAGAAGCCUCAACUGUGUCCUGUUUUUGUUGUAAAGCACGCAGGAAGCAGUAGAGCACGAAAGAAGUAUAAGGGGUAAAAACAAGACGUAGUCCAGUGUUUCUCCUACUUCUUGAGUGCUCUACCGCUUCCUAAGUGCUUUACAACAGAACAGAGCACAGUCGAGGCUUCUUUGAUGAUAAAGAAUCCAUUAAUUAAUGGAAUUAAUUAAUGGGUUGUAUUUGAAAGGAACUAAAAUUAUUUACGGCUUGCAGUCGCUUGCAGCAAGAUUGGCCGAACUAGUGUCAAAGUCGGAAAGACUAGACUGCUCCCACUGGUUCUACUCCGAGUACAAGAGAGAAAUUAUAUCAGGGCAAGCUUUCAACUGAUCACUCGUCGGGUGGGCGCUGAAAAGAAAUUGUCCAGGUUCACUAAGCUAAGAUGACCGGAGAUCGCUAGGGAGCAAACGAGCGUUACUACACUGCAUGUAAGUGUUGUUUGUGCAUUUUUACAAAAAUAAAGCUUCUCAUCAUAAACAGA